CCCCGCUCCGGGCACGGCACCAGCUGCAGCAUUCCCUCACUCCGCGGUGCCAAGCCCGGUUGCUGCCUCGGACACUGACUCCACGCUGUGACCUCCGGCACCUCCCCUCGGCUCCCCCUCCUGCCCGCACCCAGCCCGGGGCACCCCGCUCCGCCCCGUCCAUGCACAGCAGGACGCGCUGCCGGCGCUCCCCCCCGCGCAGGCGCUGUGCGCAGGCAAGAUGGCAGCGCCCGUGGACCUGGAGCUGAAGAAGGCUUUCACGGAGCUGCAGGCGAAGGUGAUAGACACGCAGCAGAAGGUGAAGCUGGCCGACAUCCAGAUCGAGCAGCUCACCAAGACGAAAAAGCACGCACACCUCACCGACACCGAGGUCAUGAUGCUGGUGGACGAGACCCGCAUGUACGAGGGCGUGGGGCGGAUGUUUAUCCUUCAGUCUAAAGGAGUGAUUCAUAAUCAGCUCUUAGAAAAACAGAGAAUAGCCGAAGAGAAAAUUAAGGAAUUAGAGCAGAAGAAGUCGUACCUGGAGCGGAGCGUGAAGGAAGCAGAAGAUAACAUCCGGGAGAUGCUGAUGGCACGAAGGGCACAGUAACCCUGCGGCUCCCCCCAACCUCCUGCGACCCCCUCGGGGUGGUUUUGGGCAGCUCUGCCCGAGUGCUGCUGCCCACUGUGAGAGCUCCUGUGGCAGCUCCAAUAAAACUGCUGCAAAGCCUGGC